GCCGGGAGGGAGAAAGAAUUAAAACACGGGGAUCACUCGUUCCACCAGGCAGCCGGAGUCCCCCCUGCUCGUGUCCGCAGCGAGGCUACGAGAGGCGCGGGCGGCGGGCCUGGCGCUGGCCGCGGCGACUUAGCGACAGAAUCGCCGUGAAACAAAUAUCAUUUCUUAAUACACGGUUUAGGAAGCGAGGCGGUGGCCUUAAAGAGACAGGGCCGAUUUGAAUACUUCAUAUUAAUGGUCCAGGUCAAACGCGUUAGUGUUUCAUAAGCUAACGUCGGUGAUCAGCGGCCACACUAGAGUUAGCAUAGGUAGCAACCGUGCUGCACCGAAGGCUAACGCGUUAGCACAAAAACAACACCGGUGUGUAAAGUGUGGUGGACUUCUACCGGUGAUCCGCCACCUUGACCCGUAACUAUCAUUGAAUGAGCCGAUGUAGCUCACGUAGCGAGGCGGCUAACGGUCGCUAGCCCGGGAGCUGCAGUCCCCCCCACUGCACCAUCCAAGGGUUGUUCACCUUUUGUCUGAUAAUUAACCUUGGAAUGAGGAGCCAUGACAUCCUGUACUGAGAAGUAAAAGUUGCUGCCCUGCUGGGCAGUGGUGUCUGUGUUGCAUGGCGUCGGAGCAGGAUGGCCGGCUGGAGGUUGGGGCGCCUGGGAGCUCUAGCCUGGCCAAACCUCUCUACCUGCAACGCUUAGAACGAUCCCUGAGGUUGGACAGUUUCCUGCGCCAGACCACAACCAUCUUCAACAGAGACAUAACCAGUGAUGACAGUGACGACAGCGAUGAUGCACUGGGGACGGGGCUCUCUCUGGACCACUCCGCUCAACAUGCAGCUCUGACAGUGAAGAGUGAGUCAUGUGAACAGGGGGAUGGGUUGGCCGAGGGCAAGCCCCUCAAUGGAGUUCUGCUGCAAGGUAAAGACCCAAAGGCUGAUAAAACGAGCCUCUACAAUUUCUCCAAGCUGAAGAAAAACAGGAAAUGGCUCAAGAGCAUCCUGUUGAGUGACGACACCACAGACUCAGACACCGACUCCGAUGACUCCGACUUCUGUUUGUCUCGAGAGGAGCUGCAUGAUAUGCUGAGGCUGCAUCGCCACACCAGGCAGCAUCAGAGCAAGUUCCACUCUGAGCGGGAGCUUCACCAGUAUCAGUACUACAGCACUGGACUCCUCUCUACUCAUGACCCCUUCUACGAGCAGCAGCGCCACCUUCUGGGCCCCAAAAAGAAGAAAAUCAAAGAUGAGAAGAAAUUUAAGGCCAAACUGAGAAAAGUGAAGAAGAAGAAGAAACGAGGAGAGGGAGACUUUCUGGAUGAAGGGGGGCGACCGUACAUCAACAAGGUCUUCGCCAAGUUUUCCCAUGAUGCACCGCUACCCGUGGUGAAGAAGAAACAUCUGACCAUUGAGCAGCUGAAUGCACGACGACGUAAGGUCUGGCUCACCAUCGCCAAAAAGGAGAUCCCCAAGACUUUCAAGCAGAAGACUUCUGCUAAGAACCUAGUGUUGACCAAUGCUAAAAAGCUGGCUCAUCAGUGCAUGCGAGAAGUGCGGCGUGCGGCCAUCCAGGCUCAGAAGAACUGUAAGGAGACGCUGCCCCGGGCUCGGCGCCUCACCAAGGAGAUGAUGCUUUACUGGAAGAAAUACGAGAAAGUGGAGAAGGAGCACAGGAAGAGGGCAGAGAAGGAGGCGCUGGAGCAACGCAAGCUGGACGAGGAGAUGAAAGAGGCCAAGCGUCAGCAGCGCAAACUAAAUUUCCUCAUCACCCAGACGGAGCUGUACGCUCACUUUAUGAGCGGUAAAGCCAACCUGGCGGGUCCAGGAGGAGACAAGGCGCAGGAGGAAAUUCUUCAAAAGCUUGAUGACAGCGCGGGUCAGAGAAAAAUAGAUAUCGGAGGAGGCGUAAUGGUCAACAUGGGACAGGAAGAUUAUGAUAGUGAAUACUACAAGUCUCAGGCCCUGAGGAAUGCCAAAGAAGCCUACCAGAGUCAUCAGAAGAAAACGCGAAUGUUUGAUGAUGAGGCCAAAGACAGCCGCUGUGCGUCUCUGCAUGCGGCCGUUGGCCCGUCCUCGGGCUCUGGUUUUGGAGAGAGCUACAGCCUUGCCAACCCAUCCAUCCUUGCUGGUGAAGAAAUUCCUCAGCCCAUCAUUUUUGAUGGCAAACUCAAGGGUUACCAACUCAAAGGCAUGAACUGGCUGGCAAACCUCUAUGAACAGGGAAUCAAUGGAAUCCUGGCAGACGAGAUGGGGCUGGGGAAGACGGUCCAGAGUAUUGCCCUUUUGGCUCACCUAGCAGAGAAAGACAACAUCUGGGGUCCAUUUCUUAUCAUCUCUCCUGCGUCCACGCUCAACAACUGGCAUCAGGAGUUCACCCGCUUUGUGCCCCAAUUCAAGGUGCUGCCAUACUGGGGAAACCCUCACGAUCGCAAGGUGAUUCGGAAAUUCUGGAGCCAGAAAACCCUUUACACACAAAAUGCACCAUUCCACGUGGUUAUCACGAGCUACCAGCUGGUGGUCCAGGACGUCAAAUACUUCCAGAGGGUCAAAUGGCAGUACAUGGUCCUGGAUGAGGCCCAGGCACUGAAAAGCAGCACCAGCGUUCGGUGGAAAAUCCUCCUGCAGUUCCAGUGUCGAAACCGACUGCUGCUCACCGGGACGCCCAUCCAGAACACCAUGGCCGAGCUGUGGGCGCUGCUUCACUUCAUCAUGCCCACGCUGUUCGAUUCCCACGAAGAGUUUAACGAGUGGUUCUCCAAGGACAUCGAGAGCCACGCUGAGAACAAGUCGGCCAUCGACGAGAACCAACUUUCCAGACUGCACAUGAUCCUCAAGCCUUUCAUGCUGCGCAGGAUCAAGAAGGACGUGGAAAACGAGCUCUCGGACAAGAUUGAGAUCCUGACCUACUGCCAGGUGACGUCCCGCCAGAGGCUCCUCUACCAGGCUCUGAGGAACAAGAUCUCCAUCGAGGACCUGCUGCAGUCCUCCAUGGGCACGGCCCAGCAGUCUCACACCACCACCUCGUCCCUCAUGAACCUGGUCAUGCAGUUCAGAAAGGUGUGUAAUCACCCGGACUUGUUUGAGCGCCAGGAGACCCGCUCGCCUUUCCACAUGUCCAUCAAACCCUACAUCAUGUCAAAGUUCCUCUACCGCCACGGCCUCCUCCACGCACACAACCAGGCCAAGAACAAAUUGCUUCAAGUGCUGUUGUCUCCCUUCUCUCCAAACCACAUCCAGCAGUCUCUCUUUCACAGAAAAGGUGAUGACAAAGGAAGUUGUUUUUCCUUCCUGCGCUUCAUCGACGUGUCACCUGCUGAGAUGUGCAACCUUAUGCUGCAAGGCACCUUAGCGAGAUGGUUAGCCCUUUUUCUGUCCCUGAAAGCUGCGUACCGGCUCCACCAUCAACGCCUGUUCGGCCUUGAAGAGGAGAGGCAGGAGGAAGUCAGCGUUGGCGAGGGGGACAGAGGCAGUGGGCAGUCCAGGACUAUGUGUCUGUCUCACAAGGACCUGAUUCUGUGGCUAAACAGACCCACCGCCUUCCCCAACAUGCACAACAGUCCCGUCCUUCAGGAUCUGGUGUUCACAGCAGUCACGCCCGGCAUGGUGGGACACGGUGAUGUGAAAAUCCUCAACAGAAAUUAUACCACUUCCAAGUUACGGCCCCACCGGCCCAUAGUACUACCGAAGUUCCUGCUCGCCGCUACGCCCAGGGUGACGGCAGUUCCCAUGGAGCGUUAUUGUGCAGACCGCAGUGCUGGGUACGAGUGGUUGGUGACACGCAGUGGAGGGGGCACGAUCUUCAAACAGUGCUUCCUCUACGGCUCCCCUGAACUUGCGUCAGACUGGCGUGCGAGGGCCAAUACCUUCCACCCACAAUGCCCUGGGGGUGCGAUGUCAGUUUACCCUCGCCAUGGAUGGUCCUACAUCCAGAUACCUGAUAAGGAGAGUCUGAUCACAGAAAGUGGAAAGCUCCACACCUUGGAUAUCCUGUUGAGUCGGCUAAAAGCGCAUGGACACCGAGUCCUCAUCUAUUCCCAAAUGACGCGCAUGAUUGACCUGCUGGAGGAGUACAUGGUCUAUCGAAAGCACACCUACAUGCGCCUCGACGGAUCCUCCAAGAUUUCCGAGCGCAGAGACAUGGUGGCUGACUUCCAGAGUCGGACGGAUAUCUUUGUGUUUCUCCUGAGUACGAGGGCCGGAGGGCUCGGCAUCAACUUGACUGCCGCUGACACCGUUAUCUUCUACGACAGUGACUGGAACCCCACAGUGGACCAACAGGCCAUGGACAGGGCUCACAGGCUGGGUCAGACCAAGCAGGUGACCGUCUACCGCCUCAUCUGCCAGGGCACCAUCGAGGAGCGGAUCCUGCAGCGAGCCAAGGAGAAGAGCGAGAUCCAAAGGGUGGUGAUUUCUGGAGGAAACUUUAAACCAGACACACUCAAACCCAAGGAGGUGGUGAGCCUGCUGCUGGACGAUGAUGAGCUGGAGAAGAAAUUGCGGCAGAGACAGGACGAGAAGAGGCAGCUGGAGGAGUGCAGCAAGGUGAAGGAGCGCAAGAGGAAGAGGGAGAAGUACGCUGAGAAGCAGAAGAAGAACGAGGAGUCAGAGAUCAAGAGGAAGAAGGAGAUGAACCUCGUCAUCUCCCACGCACCCUCGGCCGACAACUCCAACCUCUCUGCGGACGGAGACGACUCCUUCAUCAGCGUGGAGAUGGACUCGGCCAUGCCCAGUCCCUUCAGUGAGCCUGUGUGUAUGUCUGUGUGUGCUCCUUUGCACGGCCAGAUCUCCCUGAGCAGUGAGCUGCAGCCUGGCUCGUUGCCGCCGGACGCCGAUGCGGACGAGAGCAGCAGCGACAUGCUGGUCAUCGUGGACGACCCGGUGUCUUCUGCGCCGCAGUCGCGCGCCACCAACUCCCCCGCCUCCGUGUCUGGAUCAGUCUCGGACAACAUGAAUGGUGUUUCAGCCUCGGACAACAUCAGUCCUGGCAGGGGGGGGCGAUCCGGGCGGAGUAGGGGACGGCCCAAAGGAUCGGCAGGCGGGACCAAGUCGGGAGGAAAAGGACGUGGGCGCAAGUCGACAGCGGGCAGCGCGGCAGCAAUGGCAGGAGCGAUGGCUGGUGCGGCAGCUGCAUCAGCUGCUGCUUAUGCUGCUUACGGCUUCAGUGUUUCCGGAGCAGGCCUCGCUGCAUCCAGUCCCCUGCAGCCUUCCCUGGGCCGGUCUGGUACCAGCCCGGCCUUCAACCCCAGCAGGAGCUCGUCCCCCCAGGCCAAAGGAGGCACGUCCACCGCCCUGAGCCCCCAAAAACAGUUGGCCCAAAGCCACCACCACAGCAGUCACGGUGCAGUCAGGAAGGGCAAGGGACCCGGUGGUCCUGGGGCGCGAUGAUGCACUCACACACUCACACACACACACACACACACACACACACACACACACACACACACACACACACACACUAUUGCAAGUGUCUCACUAUAGAAAAUAAACACAUAACCACACAGAGAUAACUGACCUUCUCUCACUGUGAUCCGUACAGACAACCUACAUUAAAACUGAAAAUAGGGAGAACAGUGUUUAUAGUAACUGAGGCUCACUACCUGGAGGACCAUGCUGUGUGUGCUGGCUCAACCACCCUCUACACACACAUUCUCACACACACACACACACACACUCAUUCAUUUGAAGGUACAGUCCCCACCAGCCUCCCCGUGUCUCGUGUCAGGUUCAUUUUUAAUGUGUCCCGGUCAGUGGACGAAAAUCUGCCUUGAGUAAUUUUGUUUGCAUCGUGACAACAGUAUUUCCAAGUGCUUUUUUUUCGAGAAGACAAACUGAACUUUUCUAUUCUUGACAGGAAGCUCUUUCAAUUUGCCGCCGAGCAGUAACGAUACGACAGAGACGUGAACCAACACGCGUAGCUUAAAGGGCUUUGAAUUCCUUGUGUUUGCCAGCAUGGUGAGGCAACAGAGCUUCUGUCAAAUGCACUGAGCCACGUCUUCCGUUUCCUUUUCUUUGUUUUUGGUGUUAUUGACCCUCAUACAUGUACAUUAGGUUAUUUAAUUGUCCUGUAGAUAAGCUCAGUGCAAACUGGUGAAUGAUUCUGCAUUUUAUAGAGCGUAAUGUGAACCCACAGCUGACCAACCUACCAAACAACAGCUUUUCUACUAAAGCUCUUAUUUUUGUAAGAAAACAUGUAAGUACCCAAAUCAACAUGACAGGUCUUAACGUUUUGGAAAAAAACAGUAAUGUAUCACAGCGCAGAUGGAAAUAAGAAUUGAUGUUAUAUAUUUUUUUGCCCGAUAGGAAAAUGAAUGAAAGGAUAAUGUAAAAAAAAUGAUAUUCCAAAAUAAGGGUUCUGGUUGAUACAGCAACGCUGCUAACAGUCAAUUUAUGAAUUCACUCAGAUUAUUGGUUUUCUAAUAUUUAAGUUAUUUCUGUUAAGUGGGCAGUUCAUGAUAAUUGUGAACGAGGAUAUUCAGCUGUAAACAGUGUAAAUUGUACUGAAGCCAUGUUUUAUUUUUCAGAAGUUGCUUUGUUUGUGAUGAGGCGUCUGUGGUUCUCUUUGAUGUCAUUGAUGUUUUAGAAAAAAAGAAAGGUUUGCAGCAGUGUCCUACGUUGAGCACUACAUCUGUUAUAUUAUAGGUUUGUCCAUUGUUUGUUUUUGUGUUAAUAGUGUGAUUAAAAUAUGAUGUUCUAUAUUGAUGUAAAUAAUGAUGAGAGCAACUUUUCCUCUGGCUUGUCCCUCAUUCGCCUGUCUAUUUUUAUAGGUCAUGUGUACAUAUGAAGAAAUGCAUCUGCCAUUUUACUAACAGGAGGAGCCAACUGGAAAUAAAUGGAGUGCUUAAUCAGCCGAAAUCAGCA